UUAGUUCUUUGUUUUCUCAUAGAAUCAUAAAAGAAUCAAAGAAAAUCCAGCAACGGUUUCGGGGCCAUUAUGGAUCUGUCAGAUAUAGCGAGAAAGCUUGAUCUCUCACAACACAAGAUGCUAGUCCGAAAAGCGGCGGAACUCCGCCGCCUCUGCGAUGUCCAGUUUGAUUCCUCCAUUAUCGGUGUCGGAGAGGUUUGUAAAGCUGUAAUUUGCUUAGAAAUUGCUGCUACGAGGUUUGGGGAGGUUCUCUUUGAUCGGCAGAAAGCUGUCAAGUUAAGUGGAAUGUCAGAAAAAGCUUACAAUAGAUCUUUCAAUUCCUUGCAGAACGGUCUAAAUAUCAAAACAACACUGGAUAUUAGAGAAUUGGGGAUUCAAUUUGGAUGUGUUAGGCUUAUUCCUUUUGUGAAGAAGGGUUUAUCUCUCUAUAAGGACCGGUUUAUGGCAUCACUGCCUUCUUCAAGGCAGGCAAGUGCAGACUUCACCAGACCAGUGUUCACUGCUGUGGCAUUUUACUUAUGUGCAAAAAAACAUAAGCUGAAGAUUGACAAGGAUAGGUUGAUUGAGGUUUGCGGAACCUCUGAAUCCGAGUUUUCUUGUGUUUCUACCUCCAUGAAAGAUCUGUGCCAUGAUGUUUUUGGAAUCUCAAAUGAGAAAAAAGAUCCCAAGGGAGUGAAAGGAAACAGAGAACUGCUAGAUGUGUUGCCUGAGAAAAGAAAAUUCGAUGAUGGUGGUUAUUUAUCUGAUGACGAACCAGAGAUUUCAAGUUACAAGAGGAAAAAGAAAGCGGAGAAAGUUGCUUAUGAAGAGUGGAAAUCAACUGUUCUAUCAUCUAACAAGAAGAGCACAAAAGCACCUUGCAAGCGGACCACUCAAACCAGUCUAAACUUUCUCAAGGAGGUCUUUGAGACUAAGGAGUUAAAGGCGGUAUAGGAGGCAUAUACGUUGGUCUUGUCUGAGCUCAUCCGGUUGAUGUUCAUAAUAGAAAUGAAAUCUAGAAAUGGGUUUAAGUGCCACACCUUACAAAU